AUGUGGCUCCCAAAAGGAAAUUGGGAUUGGACCGCGUCUUCUUCUCCCUUGACUGCUGCCAAGAAACGAUUGAAGGCUCAUCCCCCUUCACUGUCUUCCUCCGAAUCCGACCCUGAGGAAGGCAAGUCUGAAUCUGAAGCAACCCGUGAUACCACCUUAUCUUAUGAAACGGUUCCUGACAAUGCAGAAUCAGAGGCUGAGUCUGAUGAGCCAGAACAAGAAGACAUUGUCCCCUCUGAACAAGAAGCCGAAUCUGAGUCAGAGCCAAUUGCAUCUCCUUUGUCAUCCAAGGCUAAAGGGAAGAGACCUAUUUCUGAUCCUACACCUUCUCCAAAACGUUCAGGUGUAAAUUUCAAACCUUAUUCUUCCACUUUUUGCUAUAAUGAUAAUGCUCGUGAUAUGGUUCUAUAUGCUCAAAGGAAAUUUAUCAUUGAGAGAAAUUAUGUCUUGAGUGAUCAUCAGCCUUUUGGUGUGCUAACGAUGCUUCAAGAUCGAAAAUGGACAGGUUCUUUGGUUAAGUUUACUGGUUUUGUGGAUAGAAUAGUCAAGGAAUUCUAUGCCAAUCUUACUAAUGAAAUUAUUGAACCUAAAUCUCCUCUGUACAAUAAAGUGUUUGUUAGGGGCCAUUGGUUCUCUUUUUCCCCUCAAUACAUUGCCCAUGCUUUGCAUCUUCCUCUUGAUGUCGAGGAUGAUGAUGAUCUUGCCUCUCUUGACAAGGAUACGGUUAUCACUGAAUUAGUAGGGCAAAAAAUGGUAUGGCCAUCUAAUACAGUCAUCUCGGUCUCUAAUCUCACUUACACUUAUGCUGUCCUCCAUAAGUUUUCCACAACGAAUUGGAAGCCAACUUCUCACACCGCAACAAUCUCUUUUGACAUGGCUUCAUUUUUGUACAAGGUGGGGAUCGGUCUUGGUAUAAAUUUGGCUAUGAAAAAAGAUCUCCAACGUGAUCAAGAAGACUUGGUGGCUCCCACUACUGCGGCUUCCUAUAAGGCCUCUGCUCCUCCUACUGAAGCCACUGAUGCUCCAUCAACCAAGAAAGUCAAGCCCCAAUCUCUGAAGUUUGCCUCGGAUGACAUUCCUCAUGCAUCCUCCUCUGUUGCCACAAAUCCAGGACUUGUUGCAACAGAAAUAACUGCUAUUCGAGCCUCUGUUGAUUCUUUGGCUACUCGAGUGAUGUCUAUUGAAGGACUGCAACGUUUAGUGUUGGAGGCUGUUCAAUCUCUGUCCAAAGAUCCAGUCGUUUAG